UAUCUUGUAUUUUUAUAUUAUCUUGUAUUAUAUAUAGAGAGACUGCACCUUAAAAAAAAACCCACAUUUUUUUAACGCCUUGCACUUAAGCCCUAAAAGACUAUUGUGCUUUAUUAUGCCUUGAGCAUUGAAAAACAUUAGACACAGAGAUCACGGAGAUGAUUGAGGAGUUUCUUCUUCAUCUGUCCUCUAGGUUGUAAUUUAUUUGACUGGAGUUUCCUUCUUUAAUUGGAUUCACUUGUGUGAGCUUUGAUUUUUCUUUUUUAGAUUGAAAAACAAGUUGAUCCUUUAGAUUUUUUUUGAAAAGGAAACAACCUCAUUUAUUAAUAAAUGAACAAUGAAACUAAAUCUUAUAGUAUAAGAGGAUUAUACGAUGAGCAUUCAAACCAAGGAUAAGGAUGUGCAUUUGAGCAUCCCAGCUAAGUUGACACCCUCUUAGUAUCCUUAUCAUAUCCUACAUAAUAAAAAGAUAGAACAACUAAUAACGUCCAAGUGCAGGACUAACCACAACCAAUACAACUCAAAAAGGACAUAAGAAACAACUUCUAACCAGACUAGGAAUUAAAAAUACAGCCAGACAAAGAAAGAUUCUGAAACGGUUGGAAACACCAGAGGCUGUGAGCCAAAUCUGAAUCAUCAACAAGGAGGAAAGUUAAAAGGCCUGCCAGUUUAGUAAGAUAUAUUGCAUAGAGAAGUCUUUAAAUUGUUUUCGUAGAGAGCAUCACAAAGAGGCACUCAGACGUGCGCACUCGUAUCUAUUGAACCAAGAGGAGGCUUUAUUGUGGAAGACUCGCAGAUUUCUCUCAAACCACAGUUCCAACAAAAUUUCCUUGACGGUAUUGCACCAAAGCAAGGAGGCAUUUUUUCAUCAUAACCGGACCAAGAAGUAACUGUCUAACAUUAUUCUUGCAUUCUUUAUCAAGGUCUCAGCUGAGAUUAAAGGUGUGAAAGAGUUUACUCCUACACUUGGCAGCAUAUACACAUUCAAACAAGUGCUGGAGUUCCGCAUGAAAUUUGAGAUAGAAUGGGCAUAUAUGUGGCGAAAUAUAAUGAGUGGGUAACUUCUUUUGCAUAAUGGAUGCACAAAUUGAACUCCUGAACAACAUAAUCGAUAGAGUUAUACUUACCCUCGGGCUUUUAGAUUUCUGAAGGCUUUUUUCCAACUGUAGGUCCAUCGGAGUGGCAAGAGACAAGUGCUUCGAUAAUGACUUUACUGAAAAAACCCCAUUAGUUUCCAUUAACCAGAUUCUUUUAUUCUCAAUAUUGGAUAAUCUUGUCCUUUCCAAGGAGCCCAGGAGAAGUUGAAAAUUAGAGAUUUCAAGCUCCUAACAAUCUUCUGAAAUCAAGAAACCCAGAGGAAGUGGAGGCGUUCCAAUGUUCUACAACCGAGCCUUUUGGUUUAAGGGCAAUUCUGUACAGCUUGGGAGUGUGGUCUUCAAAGCAAUUCUAUCCAUUCAUGGAUCCAACCAAAACAAAAUUUUGUCACCCUUUCCAACUUUAAAAGCUGCCACACUAUCUAGAAAUAUUUAUCCAAGGGCUUCUUAAACUUGAAUUUUCUUUGCCACUUGUGUGCCACUGGAAGAGGCUACUCCCGUGAAUACUACAAACCACCUUAUACCAUAGAGAGUUUUGUUCUGCCAUGAACCUCCACCUCCACUUGGCAAGAAGAGUAAUGUUUCUAAAUUUCAGCUUGUCCAGCCCAAGGCCCCCAUCUCCUUGGGGUUUGGAAACUAAUUCCCAUUUCACUAGGUGGUUCAACUUGCUACCGUUGUUCCCUUCUCAAAAGAAGUUCCUCCAUGGUUCUUUCAAUGGAAUUAGAGAUUUUUUUGGCAUGAGGAAUGUUUAGCAAUUCCUCAUGGAUGCCGCUAAGGAGAUCUUACUUUCCCCAAUAUUAAUUCCGCAUAUAGAUGACUUUUCCCAAUUUAUCUUUUGCCCAUAACACUAAAAUAUUUCAAGCGUCUUUUUAACGUUUUCAUGAAUAACUUCAUCAAACUUGGAAAAUAUUAAGGUGUUGUCUGCAAAUUGAAGGAGGGGAACAUGAACAUUGUUCUUUCCUACCAUGAAACCUUCAUACAAACCGUUCAAGUGUAGAUUUGAGAUGAAACUACUAAGCACUUCGCUAACCAGAAGAAAAGAAAGAGGGAAAGGGGAUCCCCUUGCUUUAACCCUCUUGAGGCUUGAAUUCUUCCUCUGGGCCUCCCAUUGACGAAUUCUGAAUACUUAGGGUUUUUAACACAAUCCAUGAUCAAUCCAGCACACAAGCAGCAGAGACAGCGGAGUUUGAAGGCGUUUUCGGAGGCAGUGUCUGUUCCUAACAGAGAAAACUAGGGUUUUCACGACUAUGUCUUGCUUGGAUAUACAGCAAGUUCUCAAUGAUUACAAAACCAAAGACCCACUCACCAUCACUACUCUCAAGCUCAAUCAAAAGGCUCUUUCUGAUAUAAAUGGUUUGUCCCUUUUCAAAAACUUGGAGAAGCUUGAUUUGACAUUCAACAAUCUCACAUCGCUUCAGGGGUUGGAGUCAUGCACCAAUUUGAAGUGGCUCUCAGUUGUACAAAACAAACUUGAUAACUUAAAAGGAAUUGAAGGGCUUUCUAGACUUAAUGUAUUAAAUGCGGGAAAGAAUAAGCUUCGGUCAAUGGACGAAAUUAGACCCCUUGUUGGCUUUUGUGCUUUGAUUUUGAAUGACAAUGAGAUUGCUUCUAUUUGCAAGCUUGAUCAGAUGAAGAACCUGAAUACUCUGGUUCUUUCUAGAAAUCCAAUCCACAGUAUUGGAGAUUCUCUGUUGAAAGUGAAAUCAAUGAAAAAGCUAUCCCUUUCUAACUGCAAACAUCAAUCUAUUGAAUCCCUCAAGUUUUGUAUCGAACUUAAAGAGCUUAGACUUGCUCACAAUGAAAUCAGGAUGCUCCCCAAUGCUUUGGCUCAUAACAAGAAGUUGUUGAAUUUGGAUUUGGGAAAUAAUGUCAUCAUGAGAUGGUCAGAUUUAAAGGUAUUGAGUUCAUUAGGCUAUCUGAGGAAUAUUUAUGUUCGAGGGAAUCCUAUUGGAUAAAAAGAUUUGUCGACUGGUUCCAGGCUUGCGUGUAUUGAAUGCGAGAUCAAUUGAUAAAUGCAUUAAGAAUGAGAAUGAUAAUGGGAGUGAUAAAGAAGACGACACUCCAAUCAGGAGCCUAGAUCGUCAAAAAGAGAAAAAGGAUAGAAAACUGAAUGGGAAUGUUGAAACACACCCGUCUGUUCAAGGCACUGAUGGCAAACUUGAUCAUACUAAUGGUGCUGAUGUGGACAGGAAGUUGGAACGCAAAAAACGUAAGAUGGAUAAGGUCACCAGGGAGGAGAAAGUAAUUCCAUCUCUUGACAAUAAGAUAAAUCUCGGUACCAAUGAUAUUGAUAAGGAAAAGAAGACUUCAAAGCAGAAAAGAACAAAAAGCAAUAAGGAGCCAUCUUUGCCAAUACACAAGGAGACACUUACCAAGAUUGAAAACCAUAAGAAGAAAGCAAAGAAGGAAGGGGAAAGGCAGAUUGGUGUUAUUGACGACGCUGAAGUGCCAUUUGAACAGCUUUUCGGAGAUGAUCUUAUUGAAGACAUGGAUGCUGUUCUCCAAAAGGUUGGUGAGAAAGAAGUAGAGGAGAUGAUUUUAAAGCCUAACUUGGCAUCAUUUUCAGCUAAUAGAAAGGAAUCUAAAAGCCAAGAUCGAGUUGGAAGGUUACAAAUAUCCCCAAUAGUUGAAAUUGGAAUGGACGGAAUAUCAACAUGGGGGGAUGAGUAAUUGCAAUGCAAAGGCAUUCAGUUACUUGGGAAAAUUUGGAUCAAUCAUGGCAGCACCGUGGUCGGACAGGUGUGGAAUGCAGUAAUAGAAAAAGAGAAUGGGUUUUAGAAACUCAUUUCAGUUGUUUGUCUUGCAAUGAGCUAUGAAGCGUAAGCUACUGUUGUUGGGAGACUUGACUUUUGAUUUGGGGGAGUUCAUGAGAUGGAGGAUUUUUACUUUUCUGACUUAAACAAGUGACAUGCCAAAAGAUUUUGUAGCUUGUUGGUACCUGAGCAAGUUCUAAUUUGAAACUUACAUAUUUCUUCUUCAACAGCCUUAAAAUAGUGCAUAAUUAGAACUGUUAAUGCCUAAAUUGAAACAGAGGUGUUUGGGGGUAUAUUAUUUCAGUUUUUAUAUUAUUUCUAUAAUAGAGUUUGCCUUGUGUCUCUUAAAAAAAAAACAACACAAUCCAUGAUCGAAGAGAUGAUCCAUCAAUGAUUGAAAUUUUUCUGCUUCAAAAUUCUUUCCAAGAAACCCCAAUCAACUCGAUCAAAUGCCUCUCCAAGGUCCAGUUUGUAAUCCAUCCUUGCUUUUUUUGGACCUAUAAUACUCCACAACUUUAUUUGCAAUAAGUACAGGAUCCAGAAUUUGGCGGCCAUCCAAAAAGGCACUUUGAGUGAGAGCUCUAAUACUGGGCAUAAUUAUCUUCAUUCUUUCAGCAAGCACUUUUGCAAUCAAUUUGUACAGCAAAGUAGUGAAACUUAUGGGCCGGAAAUUAAUUACCUUUACUGCAUCUUCCUUUUUCUUGAUCAAGCAAAUAAAUUUCUCCUUUACAUGCAUUUAGUUUCCCAGUCCCAUAGAACUCAUUGAAUAAUUUACAAAGAUUGUCCUUGAGGAGAUCCCAAAAUUUGAUGAAGAAUUCUACUGUGAAGCUAUCCGGACCUGGAGCCUCUGUUUCUUCCCAUUGAUUUUAAUGCUGCCCUGAUCUCCACCAAACUAAAUUUUGAAAUAAGCCUUUUAUUUUGAUCUGCGAAACUACAAACCAAUAAAAAACGGAGGUGUGAGGAGAUUUCUCAUAGAGGGUGCUGUAGAAAUCAAGUAUUAAAUGUUCAAUUUCAAAGAAUAAAGUGGUUGGGUUUCCUUGAUUAUUAACAAGCUUCGGAAUUAGACUUCUUUUUUUUUUUUUUUUUCCCCCGAUGAGAACGAUGGAAGAAACUCAUAUUUUUGUUCCCCAAUUUCAGCCAAGUCAACUUAGUUUUCUGGAUUAUAUCUCUUUCCUCCCUUCUACAAAGAGCUAGAAGAUCCACUCUCUUAUUAACAAUAAGUGAUCCCCUGUGCACGUAUCCGGUUGAUCAUAUUUUUUCUCUUCUAGUGCGAUGGCUUUUAAUAAGGUUUCUUCAUGACUUUUCUGUUUUCUUUCAUAAUCUGAAUGCCAUGAUUUGAGUUGACCCUUAAUGUUUUGGAGUUGAGUUGAUAAGGCAAAGCCCAUCCAGCCCGGAGGAGUGCUUGUGGUUAAUGAAUUUUCAAUAAAUUGGCAGCAAUGCUUGUCUAGCAACCAGCUGUUGCAAAAUCGAAAAGGGGAAGGCUCCCACUCGAAUGCCCCUGCUUCUAAUAAAAAAGGGAAGUGGUUUAAGGAGAUCCUUACUUGACGAGUUACACGUGUGUUCGCAAAAGCCUUGUCCCGGUCAAAAGUAACUAAAAAUCUGUCAAGCAAUGAUCUCAAAACUACUCUUCCUUCUCUUGACCAUGUUAAUUUUCUGUUCAGUAAAAUAACUUCAAUGAGUUUCCAUUCUUCAAUGAAUUUAUUGAAUUUCCUCAUUCAUGCCACAAGUCAUUCUACUUGCUGGAAAUCGCUCCCCUUUGAUUUGGUCAUAUUAAAAUCCCCUCCCAAACACCAAGCUUCUAUACAAUAACCAAUGAGGGAGAGCAGCUCUGACCAAAUGAAUUUUCCCUCUGUAAUCAGUAGGUCCAUAAAUAUUGGUUACCCAACACAACUUAUUGCACAUUGUUCUGCAUUUAACUGACAGUGAGUGGCCCCUUUCAAUACUUCAAUAAAAGAAAAUUUACUUUCAUCUCACUUGGUUAACAUUCUUCCUGAUUUUCCAUGAGCUUCAAGAAAGAUCCAUCCAGUUCCUUUUGAUCUCCAAGUGGAUUGAAAACAAAGUAUUGACCCAUUCCAAUCUUGAAAGAAAUAUGGGAAAAAGGAAGAUGACAAUAGGCAGUAGCUUAUAAUCCUUUUCCGUGGGAUAUAUGAGGAAGACUUGACACUGAGAAUAGGCUUUUGGUUGGAAAUGUGAGGAGCUAUAAUAAGCUGUGAGCACCUUCCACCCAACAGAGAACUUUUGCUUGUAAUAUCUUUGAAUCCACUUGGUCAAAAGGGCCUUAGUAUCUCUCCACCUGGCUGCUGUUAGCUUGCACUGCUAUUUGGAUUCUUGGUUGUGGCCUCUUGAUCCUACUUCUGGUUUUACUGUUAGAUCCCUUAUAGCUGACUUAGUGGGCACGGUUGAUCCAUUAUUGUCUGAUUUUUGUUCUGUGAUUUGGAAAGAUAGAUUUUCCUAAAACGAUGAAAAUUUUUCUUUAAGAUCUUAGUUGGGGUGCCAUCAAUACUGCUGAUUGUCUUCCACGUUGCAUGCUUUAUAUGUCUAUUUCUCCUUCUUGGUGUCACAUGUGUUGCUGCUACGCUGAAUCUUCGAUCCAUUUGUUUUUCCAUUUUCCUCUUGCUGCCAAUUUUUGGGAUAUUCUUUUUAGGCUUUUUGAUGGUCUUAUACGUGUCUUAAUAACAUUUUGGACACAUUGGCUUCUCUUCUGGUGGGUCAACCCUUUGGUGGUACAAAGAUGACACUUUGGUUGACAUGCGGCGUUCUUUUGGUAUCUGUGGGGUGAAAGGAAUAAGUGGCUUUUUCAUGAUUCUUCUUGUUCAAAUAUUUUAUGGAAUUUGUUCUGUCUAUUUCUUUUCCUUGGUGUAAAGCUAAGCCCCCCUCUCUCUAUAGAUAAUCUAUUUUAGUUAACAAUUGGACAUCCUUCUCUUCUAUAAGUUCCUUUAGGUGUUUGGGGUUUUCCCCAGAUUUCAUUUAUAAAUGAAAUGGUUUUUUUUACAAUUGGACUUCUCUUCUGUACUGGGUAUCACCCGAACCCCCUUGCAAAAUUAGUUUCUUCACAUUAUCCCUCUUCACAAAGUGGGAGGAGGCAUUUAUGAAUAUUUUUAAAGUGAAUACUUCUUUGAUGUCCUGACUUAUUAAAAGUGUAUUGAAUUUUCAGAUCGCAAAGAACAUGGAAGUGUUUAUAUGGUCCUGAGAUUAUAAGAGUCUUAAUAAUCAGGAUAGGCUUCAGAAUUUGAUGAGGUUUAACCUUUUUGCCUGUUCAUAUGCAGUUUGUAUAUGGAAAAGGAGGACAAUAUUUAUCACCUUUUUCCUCAUUGCUUCUUUGCUUCCAAGGGAAGAAGCUUUCUGCUUAGUACCUUCAGAUUUCCGCUUGUCUUUCUAAUUCUAAUCAUAUUGAUGACUGGCUUUCUCAAGUGAAGUUGAAGUCCUUUGGGGUAUGCUGUCGGGGCAUUCCUUUAGUUGCGUUGGCUUGAAAGUAACUUUAAACUUUUUGAAGCUAAGUCUUCUGAUAUAACUUCUUUUGGUGGAAAUUUACAACUCAUCUCCUUGUGGUGGGCUCAUAGUUAUAGCCAAUUCUUUUGCAAUUAUCCAAUUUCUUUGCAUCACAACAAUUGGUCAAAUUUUCUGCAAUUAGUUUUUUUGGGAUGGGGUUCACUUUUCACCGUCCCUAAGCUGUUUCUACUUCGCUUUUGUCUGAUGAUGUCUCUUAUAAAACAUCAAUGUGUGAUAGCAGAAGGAAAUUGUUAGCAGCC